CUUCCGGCCUUAUUCAUUCAACGACGGUAACCGGGCAAAUCUAGAAUUGAUACCAGACUGAGUAUUUAAUUACCCAACAACAAAAGUGAAAAAUGACGACGACUUCUACCUUUCAAGGCAUGAAUACCGACUCCAAACCAUCGUCAAGGGUAUUAAAUCCUCCUGGUGGUGCCUCAAGCAAUAUCUUUGGUGGAUAUGAAGAUAACACACCAGCCCAGAGAACCCCAAUCAAAAACAACCCGGAUAACGUAAACAGAGGGAACAAUGAUAUUUUCCAUCAAGGUAGUCACCCGGAGGCUGUUGCUCCACACAUCCGCAAUAACCCAGACAAUGUCAACAGAGGCUCUAGUGACAUCUUCAAUCAAGGACCGCAUGCAUCAGCCAGUGCCCCUAAUAAAAAUUCCAGGGCUCCUCGAAGCGCUUACAAUCCUAUCACAGGAGAGCUUUAUGAGCAAGCGCCCAAGAACAAGCCAGAGCCUUAUAAUACUGGAGUUACCUCACAUCAUGCUGAAGGAGAUUGCCAGGUAGAACAGGAGAGUGUUCCUACGACAGACACAAAGGCCCAAGCUAGUGGUCAGGCAUCUCAGCAGAACCAGGGCGGAAUCUUUGGUGGCGGGGCAAGCGACUCUCAAGACCACAGGUCCACUCGGGUUAGUCAACCCCCAGGGGGUCGAUCCACCAAGCUCUGGUGAUUGCAUUGUGCAAUGGAAGGUGUUCUUUGAAUAUUCAUUGUAUAUGUAAUACGUAUACCAAGGAGAGGGUUUGCUUUGAACGACUUUGGCUAAUAAAUGUAUACAUUAUUACUUUAUAUGUAUGAAAUGCUCCAAUAUUUUUUUUAUUUAGUCCAAAUUAUUCUAAACAUUGCCCAAUGUUAACACAUUUUUGGCAAACUUGUGAAGUGUCAAUUUUCUAAGAUCCACUGACAUAGAUACUUUAAAUUGAAUUAAAAGGUAUUUUUUUAAAUUAAUUUAUUAUUCAUACAAUGCCUGUUAUUUUUCUCUCAAUUUAGGCAUGAAAGGUUGUUUUAGGUUGUUUUUUUUUUCUGGCUAUUUGCAACUUCCAAUCAUCACUGUCUGUUGUUAGGCUUGUAAGGAAAACCCUCUAUUGUUUUGGUGUUCUUGAUAUCCUUUUUGCACACAGUACUGUAGGUGGGUAAUUUAAGUAUAAUAGCACUACGUAUAUUUGCAUUAGGGCUUUUCCGUGUGCAGCCAGACUUGUGAUAUCGUGGCCUUUUUAAAAACAAACUUGUUUUGCUAUAACUGACCUUUUGAUUGCUUUUUUUUUUUUUAAAUUUUUGUUUGAGCUUCAGAUAAUUGAAUGAUGGUAUUAGAAGCUCUGCUGGUAACAAACUAUGCAGUGAAUUGUGCAUAAGCAAUGAAAUGUUAAGAUCUAAAGUGUACUAAUUGUAUAUAUUCUGUACUAAGCACACUGUAAAUACGAGCUGUAUUGGGGGUGUAGGCAUGAACUAGUAUUUCUUGAGCCCAGUGUUGUACAGCUGUCUUUUGAUCCAUGUGCAACAAAUUCAGCUACUGCUGUGUUUACAUUUGUAUGAAUUUCUUAAGAUGUCCAAUGUCUACAUUUUUAUAUCAUUGCAUGCAUUUUUUGCACGUAGAUCUGAUUUUCAACAUUUUUUUUAACCCAGUAGAACAAAGACUUAGAGCCAUAUAGUUAACAGUAAUCUGUGCUUCUAACACAUCAAUACUUUAAUGUACUUCUAGCAAACUCUUCACAAUUUUAUUUUUUGUUAUAUCAUUCCAUCUUGUGGCAGAACUGAUCAGUGCAAUGGCCAAUAUCUAAAAUAAAAAUAGAAUUUAAGACAGCGCUUUUUAUUUCUGUGGGAUAUUUUCAGCAAUAUUUGAGUGGCCUUGACAGUGGAAUAAUCUACAGGACUGCUUUUCUUGUAAGCUGACAGAUUAUUCCAUUGACUACCAGAAUUAGUUUUUUCUUGCAUAUUUAGAAUUUUUUUUAAACCUAGCGUCCAUAUUAAAUAUGCUAUAACCUUAUGUUUUUAUUUUCUUCUCUUUAUUAUUUUCCUGUGAUAAGUCAUUUGGUCUAUUCCACAUCAAAUCCUCCCUUUUUAGGUUGUUUGUUUUUGUUUAGUUUCCUAUGUCCCAGUAUAUAACACAGAUUAUUUGGUGACUGGUAGUUUAGUUUGACAAGACUUUCAUGUUUGCCUUUUUUUAAAUACUCCUCAUCUAGCUACUUAAUGUUAUAAAUGGCUUAACAUUUUUUACUAAUCAGUUUUUUCUGUACAGGACUCCAUAGUCUUCCUGUCUAACAAUUUUUCAAACAUUGAAGAGAAGUUGCACAAUACAUUAUAAUUGUGUUCAGGAUCUUUGUAUUUAUAUCUCCUAAUGAUUAUAAAUAUAAUAACUUGCCUUUGGCUUGCCUGUAACUUACGGCAAAUUUGUUACUGAUACUAAUAGAGUGGACUACGUAGACUGUUGCAUUAAAACUAUAACUGUUUGAAGCUUAGCUGGUGCGCCUGUUGUGUCUGAGUGUUGUUUAGAAGCGCAAGUUGUGGUUGUGUUGUUGGUUUUUUUUUUACCACUUGCAUGCAGCAAAGAGAUAUGUGUUCUGCAUUCCACUCUUUUCUAGUACUUUGAUUUUGUAGCAAAAGUACCUUCAGUCUGACCAAAUGUUUUGUUGGUACGAUUUAUUUUGUUACCCCCAAUUUGAAUGCUCUCUUUUUGUUACGUAACUCCUAGGCAUCAAUAUAGAGCAUAAUUGGUUUUUUUUUUUUUUUUUUUUUUAGAAAAUAUUUCACCUAAUGAUCAAAAUAAAUUGACUUCAAUUGCAAAAUGACUGAUACAUUGCUCUUUUACUUGUGACUGCAAGUGUCUAAGUUCAGAAGAAAUUUAAAAUACUAAACUUGAUCUGUUUCAGUUUGUGGUGUAAAAGGUUUCAUUUUUUCAUCUGACGUAACUACUGAAUAUCUUUGUGUUACAUCUACAAAAAGUAAAAUUAUUUAUCCAUUUUUAUUAAGAUGAAUAUCUUAUGUUAUGGGACUUUUUUAUAGUUUGUUCAUUAUUCUGAUUUAGAGCUCUUGCUGUUUAAUAAAUAAAAGAAAAUUGCUAACAUUUA